CUUCCGGAACGCUCUCCGCGUGGAGGAGAUUUCCCCUCCUUUCCGUCGCCCGGCUCCUGGGCAGGGGGAGGGUCGGCCGCCGCGAUGGUACCGAUGGAGACCCAGCUACAGAGCAUCUUUGAGGAGGUGGUGAAAACAGAGGUUAUCGAGGAGGCUUUUCCUGGCAUGUUUAUGGACACUCCUGAAGAUGAGAGAGCCAAAUUAAUCAGUUGCUUGGGAGCCUUUAGACAGUUUUGGAGCAAUCUUUCUCAGGAAUCUCAUGAACAGUGUGUUCAGUGGAUUGUAAGAUUCAUACAUAACCAGCAUAGUCCUAAAAGAAUUUCAUUUCUGUAUGACUGUUUAGCAAUGGCUGUGGAGACUGGACUGCUGCCCCCCAAGAUGGUUUGUGAAUCUCUGCUGAAUUCUGAUAAUCUUGAAUGGGAAAGGACUCAGCUUUGGUCGCUAACAUUUAAACUUGUCCGAAAAAUAAUUGGUGGCAUAGACUAUAAGGGUGUCCGAGAUCUUCUGAAGGUUAUCCUAGAGAAAGUUUUAACUGUUCCUAAUACAGUGAGCUCUGCUGUUGUACAGCAACUUUUAGCAGCAAGAGAGGUUGUUGCUUAUAUUUUAGAAAGGAAUGCAUGUUUAUUACCUGCGUACUUUGCAGUGACAGAGAUUCGAAAGCUGUAUCCUGAGGGAAAACUUCCUCAUUGGUUGUUAGGUUGUCUAUUGUCAGAUUUUGUGGAUUCCUUCAGACCCACAGCAAGAAUAAAUUCCAUCUGUGGGAGAUGCAGUCUACUUCCUGUGGUAAAUAAUUCUGGUGCAAUUUGCAAUUCCUGGAAGCUGGAUCCUACAACUCUCCGGUUCCCUCUGCGAGGUCUUUUGCCAUAUGAUAAGGAUCUGUUUGAGCCCCAAACGGCUUUGUUGCGGUAUGUACUGGAGCAACCCUAUUCCAGAGAUAUGGUCUGCAACAUGCUAGGUCUAAACAAACAGACCUUGAACAUUGCUCAGCACAAACAGCGAUGCCCUGUGCUGGAAGACCAGUUGGUGGAUCUUGUGGUAUAUGCCAUGGAACGUUCAGAGACUGAGGAGAAGUUUGACGAUGGGGGAACAAGCCAGUUGUUAUGGCAGCACCUUUCCAGCCAGCUUAUCUUCUUUGUACUUUUUCAGUUUGCAAGCUUUCCUCACAUGGUCCUGUCUCUCCAUCAAAAGUUGGCAGGACGAGGACUAAUCAAAGGCAGAGACCAUUUGAUGUGGGUACUGUUGCAAUUCAUCUCUGGCAGCAUACAGAAAAAUGCAUUGGCUGACUUUCUCCCUGUUAUGAAGCUCUUUGACCUGCUAUACCCUGAGAAGGAAUGUAUUCCAGUGCCUGACAUUAACAAACCCCAGUCAACACAUGCAUUUGCAAUGACCUGUAUCUGGAUACAUCUGAACAGAAAGGCUCACAGUGACAAUUCCAAGCUUCAGAUACCUAUCCCUCAUUCUCUCAAGCUUCACCAUGAAUUUUUGCAACAGAGUCUAAGGAAUAAGAGUUUGCAGAUGAAUGACUACAAGAUCGCCUUGUUGUGCAAUGCUUAUUCCACCAAUUCAGAAUGCUUCACGCUACCCAUGGGUGCUCUAGUAGAAACAAUUUAUGGGAAUGGCAAUAUGAGGAUCUCUCUCCCAGGAACCAACUGCAUGGCUUCAGGAUCCAUCACACCCUUGCCAAUGAAUCUCUUGGAUUCGCUUACAGUCCAUGCCAAGAUGAGCCUUAUUCACAGCAUAGCUACCAGAGUAAUCAAACUGGCUCAUGCAAAAUCUAGUUUGGCCUUGGCUCCAGCCCUUGUGGAAACAUACAGCCGUCUGCUGGUUUAUAUGGAAAUAGAAUCCUUGGGCAUCAAAGGUUUUAUCAGUCAGCUUCUACCCACAGUGUUUAAGUCUCAUGCUUGGGGAAUCUUGCAUACUUUGUUGGAGAUGUUCAGCUAUCGCAUGCACCACAUCCAACCUCAUUACAGGGUCCAAUUGCUCAGUAAUCUUCAUUCUGUUGCUGCAGUUCCUCAGACCAACCAGAAUCAGCUUCAUCUGUGCGUUGAAAGUACAGCUCUGAGACUGAUCACAGCGUUGGGUAGCUCUGAGGUCCAGCCACAAUUUACCCGCUUCCUCAAUGAGCCAAAAACAGUACUUUCAGCAGAAUCAGAGGAACUCAACAGGGCACUUAUUUUAACUCUGGCAAGAGCAACACAUGUUACAGAUUUUUUCACAGGAUCAGAUUCUAUUCAGGGAACUUGGUGCAAAGAUAUACUUCAGACCAUCAUGAGCUUUACCCCUCAUAACUGGGCUUCUCAUACCCUGAGCUGUUUUCCAGCUCCACUGCAGGCUUUCUUCAAACAAAACAAUGUACCUCAAGAGAGCCGUUUCAACCUGAAGAAGAAUGUGGAGGAGGAAUAUCGAAAGUGGAAGUCAAUGAACAAUGAGAAUGACAUAAUCACCCAUUUUUCCAUGCAGGGUUCCCCUCCCCUCUUUCUCUGUCUUCUCUGGAAAAUGUUGCUAGAGACAGAUCACAUUAACCAAAUUGGCUACAGGGUGCUAGAAAGAAUUGGUGCCAGAGCUCUGGUUGCUCAUGUUAGGACAUUCGCAGAUUUCUUGGUCUAUGAAUUUUCCACAUCAGCAGGAGGACAGCAGCUCAACAAAUGUAUUGAGAUUCUCAAUGACAUGGUAUGGAAAUACAAUAUUGUGACACUGGAUCGGCUGAUAUUAUGUCUGGCUAUGCGCAGUCAUGAAGGAAAUGAAGCUCAGGUGUGCUACUUUAUCAUCCAGUUGCUUUUACUUAAACCUAAUGAUUUCAGAAACAGAGUAAGUGAUUUUGUGAAGGAGAACUCCCCAGAGCAUUGGCUGCAGAAUGACUGGCAUACUAAACACAUGACAUACCACAAGAAGUACCCAGAAAAGCUGUAUUUUGAAGGCUUAGCCGAGCAAGUUAAUCCUCCUGUUCAGAUCCAGCCCCAAUACUUGCCAAUAUACUUUGGGAAUGUGUGCCUCCGCUUCCUACCAGUGUUUGACAUUGUGAUUCACAGAUUUUUAGAACUGCUUCCAGUGUCCAAGUCGCUGGAGACUCUACUGGAUCAUCUAGGAGGCUUAUACAAAUUCCAUGAUCGUCCAGUAACCUACCUGUACAAUACUCUUCACUAUUAUGAAGGACAACUCUGGGACCGUCCACACCUCAAACGAAAGCUGGUCCAUGCCAUCAUUGGUUCCCUGAAGGAUAAUCGGCCACUAGGAUGGUGUUUGAGUGACAUUUACCUCAAAUGCGCUAUGAAUUCACGAGAAGAUAAUCCAUGGAUCCCUGACGACAAUUAUUACUGCAAACUGAUUGCAAGGCUGGUAGAUAAUAUCCUUUUUGGGGGGGGGGGGGGGGGGGGCACAGUGCCCCGACAAGCCCUGAGCUCUGUUUUAUAA